AUGUUCCCAAACUUUAUUUUUGACAAAACCAAACUCCCAAUUUUCAAUCCCAUUCAUCAUGUGGAUGGUCACAAUUACCAUUUUCCACCACCCGAAAUAUUUACUAGUGGCAAUGAACAACUCCCUCCAUUGGAAGACAAUUCGCCGGUUUUGGUGCAUGCUAAUCAACAGUUUGAACAUCAUGAUUUAAAUACAAGUUUAAGGCCUGUGUAUCCGGAGCGGUACCAUGAGCUCUUGAGUAGUUACCAAAGUAAACUUAAGCGUUUUAAGGAUAUAAUUGCUAUUGUUGAUGACGAAAAGGAGACUGAAAUAGAAAGUGAUGGAAAACUGUCAACAGUUGACAUAAUUGAAUUGGCAGCUGAAAAGUUUAUAAAGUUUUCGACACAAAAAGUUAAUAGUAACGGGUACAUGACCAUGUUCACAAAUCCGUAUGGAUCAUCACUGUUUAGUGGGUUAUCCAUAGAUGAUAAUAGAGAAGUAGAGCUUGUCUUUCAGCUAUUGACUGCUGCUGAGAGAGUUGAUCGAAAACAGUUUGAGAUCGCUAGCAAGUUUCUGGCACGGUGUGGAUGUGUGGCGUCUGAUGAUGGCACCCCCGUGGAACGGUUGGUGUUUUAUUUAUGUGAAGCAUUGCAGAAAAGAAUUGGUAAAGAAACAGGAAUAAUGGCAGUUCCUACGAAGCUAAAAAAACCUCCUGCUGUAAAGGAAACAAAUCCUAUGGCUGUGCAGACGAAUAUGACAUUCUUGGCCGUCCACCAAGCUAUUCCAUUCACUCAAGUAAUGCAAUUUGCAGGGAUACAAGCAAUCAUUGAUCAAGUCGGGAUGUCAAAGAAGGUCCAUCUAAUCGACAUCCACAUACAGAGCGGCAUACAUUGGGCUGCUCUGAUGCAAGCAUCAUCAGAAAAAAAAUCCCAAAUAGAAUUACUAAAACUAACCGCCUUUGCAACAUUGUCGGACAUCCAAAAAGUAGGUGAAACUGGUAAAAGAUUAGAAGCUUUUGCUGCAACUUUGAAUUUACCCUUUGUGUUUAAAGUUCUAUUCUUGACUGAUAUAAGCAAUGUGGAAGAACAACAGUUUGAGGUUGAAGAUGGUGAAACCAUUGCAGUAUAUUGUCAAAUGAUACUUAGAAGAAUGAUUUGGAGGCCUGAAAAGUUAGAAAACUUAAUAAGAGCAAUCAAGACGAUCAACCCAUCGAUCAUUGUCUUGGUUGAGGUUGAAGCAAACCAUAACUCAACCUCGUUUGUGAAACGGUUUACUGAGACAUUAUUCUUUUAUGGAGCGAUGUUUGAUUCUUUGGAAGCAUGUAUGAGCCGAGAUGAUGCUCAUAGGGCUAAGGUGGAAAGUAAUCAUCUCGCCGUUGGAAUGCAAAAUAUAGUGGCUUGCGAGGGAGACGAGAGGAAUACUAGGAAUGUAAAUAUAGAUACAUGGAGGUCGUUUUUCAUGAGAUUUGGGAUGGUGGAGAUGGAUUUAAGUGAGUCAUGUUUGCAUCAAGCUAACCUUGUGUUGCAACAAUUCUCAUGUGGAAGUUUCUGCACACUUGAGAAUAAUGGCAAGUGUUUGAUAGUUGGAUGGAAAGGGAUUCCUGUUCACUCUCUUUCAACAUGGAAGUUCAUUGAGGAGUAA